CUGCCCCGCAUGGUUGACCCUACUCUGGCAGAAAUGGGGAAGAAUCUGAAUGAAGCCAUGAAGAUGCUGGAGGACAAUCAGAGAAAAGUGGAGGAGGAAAAUGAAAAGAAGUAUGCACGGAAGGAUAUUCCUGGACCACUCCAAGGCAGUGGCCAGGAUAUGGUGAGCAUACUUCAGUUAGUUCAGAACCUAAUGCAUGGGGAGGAGGAAGAGGAAGCCUCACAGACUUACAGACUGCAAAACGUUGGUGAACAGGGUCACAUGGCUCUACUGGGACAUAGUUUGGCUGCUUAUAUAUCAGUGCUGGACAGGGAAAGACUGAGAAAACUUACAACAAGGAUCCUUUCUGACACUACUCUCUGGCUCUGCAGGCUUUUCAGGUAUGAAAAUGGAUCAGCAUAUUACCAUGAAGAUGAUCGUGAAGGUCUCCUAAAAAUCUGUCGCUUGGUCAUUCACACACGCUAUGAAGAUUAUACAAUGGAAGGAUUUAAUGUGCUCUAUACUAAGCAGCCUGUCAUAUACAUUAGCUCUGCAGCUAGAGCAGGCUUGGGCCAAGCUCUCUGCAAUCAGCUAGGGUUGCCCCUUUCCUGCAUGUGCCGAGUGCCUUGUAACACUAUGUUUGGAUCUCAGCACCAAAUGGACGUUGCUUUGUUGGACAGAGUGAUUAAAGAUGAUGUUGAGUCUGGAAAACUGCCUUUGUUGCUUGUGGCCAAUGCUGGGACACCAGGCGCUGGGCACACGGACAAACUGGGCCGGCUGAAGGAGCUCUGUGAGCAGUACAACAUGUGGCUCCAUGUAGAAGGUGUGAAUCUGGCAACUUUGGCUCUGGGCUAUGUCUCCUCUUCUGUGCUGGCUGCUACGAAGUGUGACAGCAUGACUCUGACUCUGGGCUCCUGGCUGGGUCUGCCCGCGGUGCCUGCGGUGACACUCUACCGACACGAGGAUCCAUCUUUGUCCCUGGCAGCUGGGCUCACAUCCAGCCAGCCUGUGGAGAAGCUCCGUGCCCUGCCACUGUGGCUCUCCUUGCAGUACCUGGGCCACGAUGGCAUUGUGGAGAGGAUAAAACAUGCCUCACAACUGAGUCAGAGGCUGCUGGAAAACUUGAAAAACCUGGAUUUCAUUAAAACUUCGGUUGAAGAUGAACUCAGUUCACCUGUGGUGGUUUUCAAGUUUUUCCAGGAAUAUUCAAAUAGAGAUCAGACCUCACGUGCUGCACAGGCCUCAACUAUUCAGCAUCCCAUGAUAAGCAGUGAAAGACACAUUUAUGACACUUUCAAUCAGUGGCUGGGAGAGCAGCUGGCACAGCUGGUUCCUGCCAGUGGAGUCGAUGUGGUGGAACUGGAGGAUGAAGGCACGUGCGUGCGUUUCAGCCCACUGAUGACUUCUGCAGUCUUAGGAACUGAGAUACAAGACAUCGAUCAGUUAGUAGACUGCUUGAAAAUGAAGAUCCCAGUAUUGACAAGUACACUGCAGCUGAGAGAGGAAUUUGAGCAAGAAGUGAGAAGAACAGUUGGCCUGUUGUAUAUUGAGGAUCUUGGCUGGCCCGGGCUAGGUGUUGUAAGGUACAACUACCACAGUGAUGGGAAGAAGGAUGACAAACAAGAAAAGGAACUAGAAAAAAUCAAUAUAGAACUUCUGAAAAAGUUAAACGAACUGGAGUCAGAUCUCACCUUUUCUUUGGGUCCAGAGUUUGGAGGGCAGAAGAACUGUGUUUACAUUGGAAUGGCCACAGAGGAUCUGGAUGUGUCAGAGUUAGUUGAAACUAUUGCAGCAACUGGCAGAGAAAUUGAAGAAAAUUCAAGACUGUUGGAAAACAUGACUGAAGUUGUUAGAAAAGGGAUACAGGAAGCACAGCUUCAGCUUCAGAAAGCAAAUGAAGAAAGACUUCUGGAAGAGGGGCUGCUGCGACAGAUACCUGUGGUGGGCUCUGUGCUGAACUGGUUUUCUCCCUUCCAAGCCUCAUCAAAGGGAAGGACAUUCAAUUUAACAGCAGGUUCUCUAGAAUCCACAGAAUCAACUUAUGUCUCAAAGGCCCAAGGAACAGGCACUACUCCACCACCAACUCCCACUUCCAGCCUUGCAAAGCAAAGGCUUCCUGGUCAGAAGGCUUUUAAAAGGUCUCUAAGAAGCUCUGAUGGGUUCAGCGAGACCAGUUCAGUGAGCCACUGUGAUGACCUGGAGAAGGUGGAUCAGAGACCUCCAACUCUCUCCCCCAGCCAAGAGCAGAGACCUCUGGAGACAGAAAAAGCAGAGGAGCAGAAGGAGGUGGUGCAGGCAAAGACAGACACUGAGGACACUCACAGUGACAAAUCACCACCUGACUGUGCCAAGGCAGAGGAAGAAGAAAGUCAAAGAUAAGAUCCAGUGUGGGUCGUGGACUGUGCCCGUGCCUGGGCAGGCAGGGCUUAACAUGCAUUUAAAAUGUGAACAGUGCCACACACUAGUACAGUAAUAACUACUGUAACUUAUUAACUGGAAUUUUGCACAAAUAUAAAUUCCCUCCCCUGGGACAGAGAUUUGUCUUCUUGUACACUUGUUACAGUCGCUUUAAUCCUCUACAUGUCAGUGUCACCAAAGCAGUAGUGAAAUUUAUUAAGUGCUCAUAAAC